GUUAAAUUCUCACUUUCUGUGGGUGUUUUCCUUCUUCUUUCCAUCGUCAGAAAAGUCCAGCUGCACAACACAGAACGACUUUCAAUAACGUCAACAGAAGCAAUCAGCUGGAAAAAUGAGUAGCCCAUCACUUGACUUGCUUCUCAUCUUGUUAAUCGUCUGUGUGAGUCUAUCAGCCGUUCAGCCUGCCUUAUUGCCACACCCUCCAGUGUCUGAAGAUAAUCCUACUACUCCAACAACCCGAGAGAAUAACCAGACGGAUGAUUCCACUACCAUCUUCGACUUCGUGAUGAAUUAUCAAGCAGUGCCAGUUAUUGCUCUGUAUCGAACGAACCAAAAAGCAGUACUUGAUGGAAACCUUGCUUCUGGAGUCGACGAGGAUUUUGGAACAGAUAAUGGAAUUCUCAAACCCGCCAAUAUUCCGUGGCCUGAUAUCUAUUCCCGUCAAGGUCGUCCAUUCUUUAACUUUUUGCCAGGCCUUGUAAGGGGUCCUCCAGGUCCACCUGGAGAGAAAGGUGGCGUAGGACCAACGGGCCCAAAAGGCGAAACUGGAUCGAAAGGUGAAACUGGCGCGGCUGGUGCAAAGGGUGAGGCCGGUUCACCUGGUGAGAAAGGCGAAGCUGGUGUUGUCGGGCCAGGGGAAAAAGGACCUGUCGGAGAUCAAGGACCAACUGGGGAUCAAGGACCUGUUGGAGACAAAGGGCCGACUGGAGACCAAGGAGACAAAGGACCACCUGGUGAUCAAGGCGAUAAAGGACCUACCGGAGACCAAGGUGAUAAAGGCCCUCCUGGCGACCAAGGACCUCCGGGAGUCUAAGGUCGUUAGCUACCGCAUUGCAACAAUAACAUCCUCUUCGAAUUCAAAAGUUAAGUCAUGUUUUAUUGGCCCCAAAAUAAUAGUAUUUAGUUAAUAGGAUUAGUUCUAUAAAGCAGGAAUUCGGUUUAGAGCUCUCUUUCAUUUCCUUGUCAAUUUUACAACACAUUUUUCCUUACUGUAUUUAAAACUGGCUUAACAAACCCAUAUUUAAAUGCUAUCAGUGUUCUUCUCUUGAAACAUAGAAUAUAAGUUACGUGGGCCAAUAA